CAUAAAAUCUAAUUAGCAUUUGUUGUAAAUGAGUUCAUAGCCAAACGGCAAGCGAUUUUCACAAAAAUAUCAGUUAGUUGCUUUAUGGAUGCAACAUGGAAGCCGAGAAGCUGAAACAGCUUGAACGCAAGGAAACUGAACACAUUGCCGAUAUUCUAAACGAGUUUAACAAAAAGUAUGCCGAUCUAUUGAGCUUCGACAGUUUUCGGGCGGACAACCUAUGGCACGACCUUUGGUUAGCUAUCUUUGGCAUCCUUGAUGACACGACAUUGGCGCCACUCCACUCGCUGUGCCUCAACACGGUGCGCAUUUUGACACGGGAUGAGUUUAGCCUGCAGACGAAUUACAUUGAGCAGGAGCUGAACACUUUGCUGACAUUGGCGCGCAUAGAUGGCAAUACUGUGUCGACCAUUAAUUUGCCCGCCACACCGGACGAGUUGCUGGAGCAGGAAAAACUGGCAACUGCCUCAGCCACGCAUGUGUCUGAGAGCGAAGCAGCCAGCAGCCAUGAUAUCAUUGCAGAGGCACUCAAAUGUCUGUGUAAUUUGGUCUAUCAAAGUGCCGAUUGCAGACGACAAUGUCUGCGUCAACACUGUGUGGAUGCCAUACUGAAACGUGUCGCUUCCUCUAUGCGCCAUCCCUGCGCCCUGGAGUAUUAUGACAUGAAGCUGCUGUUCCUGCUGACGGCUCUGGAGCCAAAGGCGCGCACACGCCUGCAAAUUGAUCUCAAUGGUCUAACCUAUAUGACCAAAUGGCUGGAUGAUAAGCUGGCCGAACCUGCAUGCAGUGACGAACAGUUGAACAUCAUUUGUGAGCUGCUCAAGGUAAUGUUUAAUGUCACCAGUUCGCCCGACAAGAGCCCCAACGAGUAUGAGAUUCAGAGUUUGCAUUUGACGGGCGUUUUACGUGAAUUGCUGCUGCGCUUCGGCCACCUGAAGACGGAACGAGAACGUGCCGUAGUCACACAUGCGAUCAACUUAUUGACAAACAUCUCGGGUAGCUGCCUCAUCGAGCUAACGCUCAAGUGCAGCAAUUCCGAUCAGCAGCUAGAGCAAGAGUCGGAACAUGUGGAUGCAGCGUCCGCGCCAGUGGCAGCGAAUAGCAGUCAACCAACGAAAUGCUGUGCCCUCUGCUUUGAGAAGCGGAAUGUGCGCUGCUUGGAGGUGUUGCUGAACUAUUUGCGUCAGGUGUUGGCUCAGCAGGAGGCGGAGGCCAGCUCGCAUGAGUUGCUCUCCCCAGUGCUCACAGUUUUGGUGAAAUGUGCCCGCAGUGAUCGGACUAUGCGUCAUUAUUUGCGUGCCGAGAUUUUGCCACCGCUGCGAGAUGUUCAUCAUCGGCCGGAAAUAGGUCAUGAGCUGAGAAACUAUUUGUGUCGCUUUCUCACCCUGCCCGCCAUGAUUCUACGUGAUUUGUCUGCGGAACUGCUGUUCGUGCUGUGCAAGGAGGAUGUCAAUCGAAUGAUUAAAUAUACCGGGUACGGCAAUGCUGCCGGCCUCUUUGCUCGCCUCGGCCUGCUGGAUUGCCGGCGUAUGGAGAGUACUGAGUACUCAUCGGACAGCGAGGAUAGCGAUACCGAAGAAUACAAAAAACUGCAGCAGCACAUCAAUCCUGUAUCUGGUUGCUACGAGAUGCCCAAACACAAUCCCUUUGAGGGCAUGUCCGAAGAGCAAAAAGAAUACGAAGCGGUGCAACUAGUAUCCCUCAUCGAUAAGCUCCAAAAGGGCAACAUCCUGCAGCCUGCUUACAUCGACAAGGACGGCAAACCACAGCCGUUGGAACACAUAUUGCAAUUACAGGAGGAAUUGCCGCAACAGCAAUUGGAACAAAAGCGCAAAUUCUAAACUAAACUAAUUAUUCACAAAACUAAUAUGCAAAAAAACAAUCGUACGUUUGUCUUCCGCUCGUGGUUGGGACAACGAAAAAGCAGCAACAACAAUUAAGCUAAAACAUUUUUACAAAUUGACGGAUCACUAUAACGUAUUAAUAAACUUCUAAACAAAUACGCGUAUGUAUACAAAAUCGUGUAACUUCAAGUAGAAAAUUUAUUAUUAUUGACUACAAUUUUUGUAAUUUAAAAAAGUGCAUGUAUUUAUAUUGUUUCAUAUAUACAAGUUGUGUAUAUAAUAAGGCUAUGUACGAUAUUUUGUAUGCUCAUUUACAUACGAGUAUGUAUGUAUGUAAUUAUUAAUUAAUCAUCACUUCAAGACAGCCACCUUUUUUCUCUACAAAACAUUAUCUAAACGAAUCAUUGUUGAAUUAUAGGCUUAGAGAAACACAUUCUAAAAAACAAUUACAAUUAACAACAAACUAUUUGUUAGCGCGUACAUAUAUUUAAGAAAUAGAUGCCUGUGUGUAAUUAAAUAAUUCACGCAACUAAACCAAAAAGCUCUACAAACGCUAGACAUUAUGUUUUAAAAAAUAAACCUUUAAAACCCUAUUAAAAGGAGACGCAAAACUUUAAACUCUUGUAUUAGUCGAUCUGUAAAAAUUUUUAAUAUACCUAUAUAAGAAAACCGCAUAUAGAGCUUUAUUGUGUUCAAAUCAAUUAACAAUGAACCGACUUACAAAUCGGUAGGCAAUAGUAUUUACCACGCAAUUGUUCGAACUAUCAAACAAAAAUA